AUGCCCAACGGAUGCUGUGGUGGAAGUAACUGCACCGUGUGCUGCUACAGCACCAAGAAGUCGUGCUGCAAGACGCCGUGCUGCCCACCCAUGCAGUGCUGCUGCCCCUCCACCUGCUGCAUGCCCUCGCAGUGCUGCUGCCCCAUGCAGAGCUGCUGCAUGCCCAUGACCUGCUGCUACAGCAUGAACAACAGAGGCUGCUGCGGUGGCAGUGGUGGCUGCUGUGGUGGCAACUAA